AUGAAUGGGGGCUGCUGCAGAGCGCCUGGUGCUGGGAGCCCUGCGCUCACAUCCUGCUCCCUGCAGAAGAUGUGCUCCUGGAUUCUGAGCUGUUGCUUAGCCCUCCAGCACCUGGCUGUGCAGGCCUCCUUGCUCUGCAUCUUCCACCUCCUCCUGCUGCCCACCCUGCCUGAGGAGCCACCCCAUGCCCAGGCCACCGGUGAGCUGCUGGCACGGAGCCUCUUUGCCUGCGGCAUCUCCACAGUGCUGCAGACCACCCUGGGGAGCCGGCUGCCGCUGGUUCAAAUCCCAUCCUUCGAGUACUUGGUCCCUGCCAUGGUGCUGACCUCCCACCUGUCCCUCGGUGCCAGCACGGACAGGAACGGCACAGCCGUGGCCAGCACGUGCCCUGCACCGCACUGCGCCGUCGCAGGGAGCCGGGCUGCCUCACUGCGAGAGGUCUCUGGAGCCGUGCUGGUCUCCGGGCUGGUUCAGCUGGUCCUGGGAGUGUCCGGCAUGUGUGGGUGGGCAGCCAGGCACUGCGGGCCCAUGGUGCUGGCCCCCAGCCUCUCCAUCAUCGGGCUGUCUGCGUACAAGGAGGCUGCUUUCUUCUGCUCCACUAACUGGGGGGUAGCGCUGCUGCUCAUGCUCCUCGCUGUCACCUUCUCCCAACACCUGGGGUCCUGCCGCCUGCCAUUCUGCACCUGGCUCCAGGCUCGGGGGGGCUCCACGGAGCCAUCCAUCAUCCCCACCCUGCGCACGUUCUCGGUACUGCUCCCAUUUGCUGCUGUCUGCACUGUUUGUGCCAUCCUCAGCCAUCUCCGUGUCCCCUGGGAAUCACUGGACCUGGCCACGGCACAGCUGUCCUGGGCCAACAGCACCUUCCACGCCCCUUGGCUCCGCAUCCCCUACACAG